AUGGAUAUUGUCGACAUUUCUCGAGCGCCCCAGGCAUACCACGAUGUCGCCUGGAUUGCCGACAUCUGUAAGCUGAUCAUGGGCGUUGGUUGGACCACCAACUACGUCGGCAUGAUCCGUAAGUCACUAAAGGACCAGACUUACGCCAUGGCCAUGUUGCCGCUGUGUUGCAAUUUCGCCUGGGAAUUGACCUACGCUAUCUUGUAUGCGUUCGGUAGCAACCUGGAGAAAUGGGUUCACUUCUCUGGCUUGCUGCUGAAUUGCGGCGUCAUGUACACUGCCGUCAAGAACGCCCACAGGGAGUGGGCGCACGCGCCUUUAGUGCAGCGGAAUCUUCGUCUGAUCUUCUUUUUCGCCGUUGCCGGCUUCGCUUCCGGCCACACGGCUCUAGCCAUGCAGAUUGGACCCGCACUCGGCCAGGCUCUGAGUGCGUAUGCCUGCCAGCUGCUGCUGAGCGUUGGAGGCUUAUGCCAGUUGCUGAGCCGAGGGCAUUCGCGGGGCGCCUCCUAUUCUCUUUGGUUUGUCGGAUCCCUGGUCCUCGUCCCUCAGGAUAUUCUCCGGUACACAUACUGGAGGGAGGACCACGAGUUCAUGGGUUCUCCCCUCUACAUUUGGUUCGUUACCAUUUUCUUGAUCCUGGACGGUUCUUAUGGUAUCUGCUUGUGGUAUGUCCGUCGCUUUGAACAAGAAACCAAGGCAGCCGAGAAGUUGAAGAAGUGA